ACUAAAACAAAAGGAUUAUUCACAAAGUGCUUUAAGUUUAAAACAAAAGAAAAGAAAAUUAUUACAUUUAAUUUAUUUAUAUAAAAUUAUUUAAAAUGUUUGAGGAGUGUCCAAGUUUUCUAGAAAAUAUUAAUGCGAAUAUUCGAGAGUCGGUUUAUUUUGCUGCCAAAGAUGGCCAUCCACUGAGAUUGUUAACUAUUCUAAAUAGUAUAGAAAACCCUGAAGCAAAAAAUUUCGUAAUUAAUCAACUUUAUGAGGAAGAAGAUGGCCAAAUUUUUACACCUUUAGUAGUAGCUGCCACAUUUGGUAAAUAUUUGCUUGUGAAGUCACUGUUGGCCAGUUAUAAGGUGGAUUUAGAAAAAGAAUGCACAGUAAAAUUUGAUGGUCACAUAGUUUCUGGUGUAACUGCGCUUUGGUGUGCCGCUGGUGCUGGUCACAUAAAUAUUGUUAAACUGCUAAUUCGUUAUGGAGCUAAUGUCAAUCAUAAGACAGAAUCUCACUCAACCCCACUACGAAUAUCAUGUUUUGUGGGAAGAUUGGACAUUGUUAGAUAUUUAAUAAAACACAACGCUGAGGUUAAUAGUACAAACACUUAUAACAAUACAUGUUUAAUGAUAUCAGCUUACAAAGGAGUAUCAGAUAUUGUAGAAUUUUUGUUAAGUUCAGGUGCUGAUCCAAAUUUGCAAGCGUUGUGUGGUGCUACCGCUUUGCAUUAUGCUGCAGAAUGUGGACAUACUCAUGUUUGUAGAGUACUAUUGGAAUAUGGUGCCAAAUUGCUUCCAAAUGAACAUGGUUUAAGUGCUGCUCUAACUGCAGCUGACAGAACACAUGAAGAUGUAGUAAAUAUGUUUUGUGAAUGGCCAAAUUUGUUGAGUCGAGAAGAAAAAAUUGAUGUAUACGAAUUAAUGGGUGCGUCAUUUGCAAAUGAUAAGGAUAAUUACAGCAUAUCUAAAUCACAUAAAUAUUUAAGUAUGGGGAUGCAAUUAAGAUAUGAAAAUCCUGAAAAAAUAAUAAAAAAAAAAUUAACAAGACCUAUUUUAGCAUAUGAUGAUUGGAUUGAAAGUCAAAAUCCUCAAGAAUUGCAAGCAAUAAGAUUAAAUUACAAUUCGAUUCAUAUGGAAUCCUUAACAAUACGUGAAAGAAUUUUAAGUAAAAAAUAUCCUGAUCUUCCUCAAGCAAUUAUAUUUCGUGGUGCCAUAUACGCUGAUCAACGAAUCUUCGAUAAAUGUGAAAAACUGUGGUUUUAUGCUCUCCAACUUAGGAAAGAUAAUAAAAUAUCAAUAGAAAGAGAUCUAUUACGAUUUGCUCAAUUAUAUUCUCAAAUAUUGCAUUUAGGCUUGCAAUUUAAUUUUACUCAUAUUCUUGAUUUGAUUGAAGCUAAUAUUGACGAAUUAGAACAAAAUCGAAUUAGAAUUUUAAAUCCGGAUCCGAAGUACGAUCCGGCAAUGCUUGCUGAAGAAUAUGAACAAAAUAUAAUUACUGCCUUAUAUUUACUUACUAUUGUUGCAAAGACUUUAAGAAGGAAAACUUCAACACUAAGUGUAGAAGACCUUAAUAAAUUAUACAAUUUAAUAUUAAAAAUAAAUAAAAUUAAUCCAAAAUUAAAAGAUGGACAAUCAUUACUGCACUUGGCUGUGAAUAGUAUUACACCAGUUGAUGACUUUCAUACAAGUGAUGUUUGUCGAUUUCCUUCAUUAGACACUGUAAAAUUACUCUUACAUUGCGGAGCAUCUAUAGCGACUGUUGACUGUGAUAAAGAUACUCCACUACAUACUUUGGUAAUGACUAUGCUUCAUGUUACUGAUGAAUUGGUUGAAACUGUAGAAAAAAUUAUUAAAAUUUUUAAUGAAGCAGGCAUUCAUUUUGAUGCUGUUAAUAAACAUGGUUUAACUGCAGCGGAAUACAGUUUAGAUAAAUCAAUUAAACAUUUAUUGAAACAUUAUGAAGCACAACAUAUAUCUUUAAAAUGUUUGUCGAGCAGAUGUAUUGCUAAACACAAGUUAAAAUAUGAAGGUUCAAUACCAGUUCAUUUAGAAAGCUAUAUAAAAAUGCAUUCAAAAGAGUAGAAGUAGAAUUUUUAUUUAUUUUCACACUUCAUUUAAUAAACGAAAAUGCUUAAUAAAUUAAUAGAUAAACUUAUAUAAAAGGUAUUUUUUAGUGAUUUUUUUUAUCGAAAUAUGUACCUCAUUUAUACUUGAUUUUAAUUUUAAAAUGUAAAAAUCUAAUUGUAUAUAAAUAUAUAACGAAAAUUUACCCUAUGGGGAAGAGAAAAA